AUGCUCUCUGACGGGCUGCUCAGAUCCAGACAUGACGAGAUCGCGCGUUGUCUGUCAUCGCGGAAGCGCAAGUUGAGCGAGCUCUACUAUGCGACGGCGACCUUUCCCCAUCCCAGCAACGCCGGCGGCCACAGAGAGCCCCUGGCCCGCCAGAAGGAGGCCGCAUUUCUCGAGGCCAACGAUCUCUCAAAAGGCCGACUCUACGAUGAACAUACCCUACCGGAGCGGCCACGACUCGAGACUGUGCUUGCUGAGAAUGAAAUCAAACAUGGACCGCCGCGCGCAGACGAGCUCGACCGUCCCCAGGCGCCCGCCUCCCAGCCAGUUCCCGGCAUAACCAGUCACCAACUACCAGCCCAAGGCAGGCCCUUCGCAGACAGCACUCAACCUCAGCUCACUGUGUCUUCAGCAGGCGUCCAGACAACAGAGCAGCCAGAGACAGGGCAAUCCGUUCACCUACCUCAUCGCCAACCUAAUGGCGUAGACACAAGCCACGCUCAGCAUGCCUCCGAAGCUGCCGCCAAACCCACCUCACCUAAGACGACUGCCCAGGCUACCACUCAGACUACCGCUCACCCUCUAUCUCCUGCAGAAACCAACCGUACAUCGUCCUUUAACGACCGCCUCGGCGUCGCCCCUAUCAUCGUUCCUCCAAAGGUCGCCGAGGCCGCUUCUUCACCCAUGUCUACGGGGCCAUCCUCCAGCCAUACAUCUGCCACCGAACGGUCCCCUGCAUCGAGCUCGACCGAAUCAGUUGCCUCGAUUGCUGAAUCCCCGUCAGUAGGCAAAAUCUCCACCGACGAGCCUGCGUCAAACGCCCAGUCACAGCCUAUGUCGGCCGUCGUACCCUCCACCCCUGAUGAACAGUUACAGCUCGAAGCUGCCAUGUCCAUUCGAAACUCUACCACGCCUAAACAGCCUGUCACUAGCCAUGAUAAGGAUGGAGACCAACACAUGGCUGAAGCUCCAGCAGACCUCAAGGAAUCACAGCUAAAGCGGGAGCCAACAGAGUCAGUCACCAACAGCAGACCGUCUUCCUCUUCUGGACCUCAGACAGCACCGGAUGUAAAGCAUGCGACGAAGGCAGUUGAGAGUCGGAGGCAGCCUGCGGAGCAGCAGUACCCACGCCCAGAGCGGAUGACUACCAGGGUCGCAUCCGGCGCAAUUCGUCACAAGUCUAUAGUCCCGGAAACCAAUAAACCUGCCUUCAAAGUCCAGCCUGACGAUGUGUGGAAGACGCAGCUACUGCCGGUUUCGAAAUACGCCCAGGGAACGAUCCAGUUCAAAGAAGACGGUCCACCAAGGAAGCGGAGCCGUUAUGAUUACGAGCAAGAUACGUAUCAUGAUGGCGAGGAAGAGAAUGCAUAUAGAUCACUCUUACCAGAACAGAUGGACGUUGCUCUCUUCUCAUCCGAAUAUAAAGCCCUUCGAGAUCGGAUCCACCCAGGUAACGCAUUCCGUCCCCCAACUGAGUACAUCAUGCCACCGCUUGGAUUCUAUGAGUCUCGACAAUCGUCCCACUGGACCCUUGCGGAGGAUGACGAGCUUCGAAAACUGGUACAAGAGUACUCCUUCAACUGGUCGCUUAUCGCUAGCUGUUUGGCUCCGCGGUCCUCCUUUGUCUCUACAUCUGACCGAAGAACCCCUUGGGAAUGCUUUGAACGGUGGAUCAAUUUAGAGGGUCUACCCCCUGACAUGGCGAAGACUCCGUAUUUCCGAACAUAUAAUGCACGCCUUGAAGCUGCUCAGAGAACAAUCAUGAACGCCCAGCAACAGGCUAUUCAGCAGCAACAGCAGCAGCAGCAGAACGGUGGUCAAGUAAACCCAGGAGCACAGGCUAUGAUACGGAGGCGUACUGCACAGCCAUUACGAGUAGAGAGAAAGCGGUCUUCGAGGCAUUUGGCACUUCUAGCUGGAAUGCGAAAGCUCUCUCAGAAGCGAGAGACAAACCUUCAGAAGCAACAGCAUGCCACACAACUUGCCUCCAUGCGCAAGGUCAAUGAAGCAACCCAGCCACGCCCGCCAAUCUCAACGCCUCAGGAAUUCAGCCAGUUGAAGCAUGAAAGGGAACUCAAGUUUUUGGAGAAACAAGAGCAGUACCGUCAGCAAAUGAUUGCUCAUCAGCGGGCUGCCAUGGCUCAGCGCGCGGCCCAGCUUAACCCGUCUGGUCAGUUCAAUGGUAUACCAGUUCGGCCCCCAGCGUCGGUUCCUAAUGGCGCUGGUGGUGUCCAAGUUCCCAUUGCAAAUGGAUUGGCGAACGGCAUACCAAACGGCGUAGGUGUCUCUCAAUCUCGUCCGCACCCAGGUAUGGCAGCUAUGCCGAAUGGCCUACCGGCAACCGGCCCAAUCCCAGUCUCCGGCGGUAUGCCAAUGAAGAUGAUGCCUCAACAAGGCCUCCAACAGCCCAUCAGUGGCCGGCCGGGUCUUCCUAUCCAAACCUCCCCUGACAACUCACGUAUAAUCCGUGAAGCCAACCGUCUCCAAGAGCAACAACGUCUUCUGCAAUCCCGCCAGCAACAGCACCAGUUCCACGGUGGUCAACAAGGCUUCGUUCCACAACAGGGACCCCAUUCUUCGCCUAACAUGAAUGCUACUCCCGCCACUGCAGGAAAUAACCCUGCCCUCAUGGCCGCUUUCCAAACUGCAACCAAUGGUGGAAGCCCGUCAUUUGCUGCCUCAUCUCUUGCUCCUGGCAUGAUGCCUGCCGCUUCCCCGCGCAUGAAUCAUCCAUCCACCCCACUCAAUAACGCUCCAGCAUUGCCCAACUUAAACAACAUCCAAGCCUCUUUGCAACGCCUCCAUCCCACUAUGUCACAGGAACAAAUCUCAAAACUUGCCACAGAACGCCUACAACAGUAUCAGCAACAACAACAGCGAUUGUCACAGGCAGCGCUAAACGCCGCAGCAGGGAACCUUGGUGUCAGCAAUCUACCUCCUAACUACCAAGCAGGGAAUUCUGGCCAGCAGAUCCCUCAGCAAGGCACUGUAAAUGGUGUACCAUCGGUGCCGUUGCAAAACCAAACACAAGGAUACAUGAACCGUCUGGGAGUCUCGCAGGCUAAUGGUCAACAGAACCGGCCAGGGGUAGGAAUAGCCCCGCCCCGCUAUGACCAACAUGCUCAUGCAUCAAAGCCGAAGCGCAACCCCACAGAGCCAGCGACCUGCUAG